AUAUAAAUGGGCCGCAAAAGUACUUGUACACAAAACGCCGGUUCUGCUUCGACUAAGAUAACAUCCAGCACAAUGGCAAACGUGGAGAUACCUAGCCUUUUGGAACGACACGCAGCGCGGAGAACGUUUCCCCUUCUUGCCCGCACAAAGGUUUGUCGAAACCUCUUUGGACCGGUAGAUCAUGACGAGCUCAACUGUGAAAUGAAGAAACAAUUGCAGGAAAUCUCCGAACGAGACCAGAGUCGCUGGAAUUUUAACUUCGAGAAGAACUUGCCAUUGCCUGGAAGUUACGAAUGGGAAGAGAUAUUAGGGCAGUCCGUGCCAUCCUUUUAUCAGGAUUCGGUGCAUAACGGGAGAGUGCGGACUGUUUCGCUGUUUAACGUAAAGGACGCCGAGUCCACCUCCGAGUGUGAAUAUAAAAAUGCAUCUGCGUUACGUAAGACAGCAGAGGAAGUUCAGUGCUCCGCUGAUGCACCGGACCGUUCCAGUGAUGUGAACCAAGAGAACCAUUCGGAUGCCUUCAACGCUGGACUUCGUCGCUUGUCUAAUGAAUGUCAUAGACGGAAGAGGCCGUCUGUCCCAGAGUCUUUAAGAAUCAACAGCACUCAGAUCACAGAAUUCUUUCCGAAAAGAAAAAAGACCAUUGAUUCUAAGCAAGCAGAAUGCACUCCAAAAACGGGUUCCUCUAUCCCCAUUGAAGUAACUCCGCACAAAAGAAUAAGAUGAUGUUUGCACUCCAUGGAAAAUGCAGUAGUCCUGUGUUUAUCUGCUGAGCGGAUGAAGGACACAAGGAUGAAGCGGCCUGCAUUUUUUUUCUUCUGAUACAUGUAGCAAUAUGGCUCCGCCAAAACGGACUUUGCAGUGUUACAACUUCUCAACGGUGCAAUUUUUUUCCCUGUUUUGUUUUAAUGGUUUUGUAGGAUUCAUCGCUCCGAAUAGAAUAUAGCGAUAGCAGUUUUAUGCUUUUGAAAAAUAUACUAACUUAUGUUUUAUUUAUGAUCCAUGAUAGUCUGUUAUGCUUUAUUUACAGUUAUUGUUUAUUUACUGCAAUAUUUGAUGUUGUGUUUUAUUUAAGUUUUUGGGGACGUCAUGCAAAGAAUGUUUCUGAGCCGUUUUUAAUAUAUAUUCUAGCUUUGUAUUGAAUCAAAAAAAAAAUAAAUUAUAUUUUUGUUUAC